GAAUGCUAACAUGUGGUUACACAGGCACCAGGAUACGGAGAGGGAGGUACAAACACUAGCAAUGAAACUGUUCUGGAUAGAGAAUAAAUUGUUUUUCGUGUCCCAAGAUAAAUACAGAAGGGCAGGCCUUUUCCAGGGUGGGGGAGUUAAAAAAAAACAAAAAAAAAACAAAAAAAACAAAUGAGUUUCAAGAGAAGGAGGGGCAGAUGAGGCUGUAAGGAAAAAGAAAGAACCCUUUAUAACUCCUACUCCAGCCAAUUGGCUGAGGGCAGUGUCUGUCAGUUCACUUCCUCUUCAGGCAAGCAUAGAAAGUUUGAGGUGGAGACAAGAGAGGGAGUGUCUACAAAUCCACAAGACUGUACUGUUUAGCUCAACUCGACAAGAAACCGAAACGGCUCAACUUGCAAAGCAAGCUUAACCAGGCGUUCUCUCUUGCCUUCAGUAUUUCCUGUAUUAGGAAGCCAUCUUGUUUGGACAAGGUUAUGCGACGUUUCUUUUUCCCCCCCCCCAUUUAAUCUUUGUUGUACUUUUUUUCCUCCCCCCCCCCCCCCCAAUGGGAGUUUCCUGCUGAAGUUUGGACUUUCUACUUCUCGGAGCAACUUGAGAAGAGCAGGACAGGAAGAGGUAGGGGGAGCCUUAGGGAGAGAAGGAGGAGGCAGGCUCUCUGUGUAGAAGCUAAGUUUAGUUGUCUAUCUUCCUGAUCUCCCUACUUUAUGAAAUGAAAAGCAUUUGGUGACGAACGCAGAAGACGCUACAGGACAGCCUUUUUAUGUAUACAUAUAUUUUGUUCCUGUCGUGUAUGGAGAGCUACACAAACAGUUUGAGCGAGUGAACGGUGUUGGCCUGUCUGUGUACUUCUUGCUCCUUCACGCCCCUUGGUCUUGCUCCACUAUUUGACUGGCUUUAACAUUUCAGGAUGGCCAAUAGCAGCCCUGUAAUGUCCUCAGCACCCCUAUCUCAGGUAUUCUUCCCUACAGGCGGUUCUUCUCCCCCUGGGUCAGUGGUGACGCAGCAUGCCACACCAGUUUCACUGCCUGCUGUCUCUACACCAGGUUUCCCUGCUGUGGAGACAGGGCUUUCCCAAGGGCCCAGUGGCACCAAUAUGUCUGUCAUACCUCCCCCAACAGCCGGAGUGUCUUUCAUUAUCCAGAUAGGACUGACACGAGAGUCGGUGCUUCUGCCCCAAACAGCGGAUCUUACAUAUGUCAAACAGAUCGCCUGCUCCAUCGUGGACCAAAAGUUCCCUGAAUGUGGUUUCUAUGGGAUCUAUGACAAAAUCCUUCUUUUCAAGCAUGACACAAGCACUAAUAACAUCCUUCAGUUGGUCAAGACUGCAGCUGAUAUCCAGGAGGGUGAUCUUGUGGAGGUGGUGCUGUCUGCGGCUGCUACCUUUGAAGAUUUCCAGAUUCGUCCACAUGCUCUGAAUGUGCACUCAUACCGUGCCCCUGCCUUCUGUGACCACUGUGGAGAGAUGCUUUUUGGCCUAGUGAGGCAAGGACUCAAAUGUGAUGGUUGUGGGCUGAACUACCAUAAACGCUGUGCUUUCAGCAUUCCCAAUAACUGCAGUGGGGCGAGGAAGAGACGGCUGUCAACCACAUCUCUCAGCAGCAGCCAGUCUCUGCGUCUGUCCACCACUGAAUCCCUCUGUAGUAUAAGCACCAGUAUAACCUCUGAGGAAACAAAUCUGAUCCGCUCACACACACAGAUGCCCCGAACUCCCAGUGAGGCCCGGCGGUUCUACACAGGCCGACCUGUCCACCUGGACAAGAUACUAAUGAGUAAAGUAAAGGUGCCACACACAUUUGCAGUGCACUCCUACACACGGCCCACCGUCUGCCAGUACUGCAAAAGACUGCUUCGGGGCCUUUUCCGCCAAGGACUGCAGUGCAAAGACUGCAAAUUCAACUGCCACAAGAGGUGUGCAUACAAAGUGCCCAAUGACUGUCUUGGGGAAACUAUUGGAGAUAUGUUUAGUCCAGCUGCAGACACAGAAGUACCGAUGGAUUACAGUAAUGAAUAUUUGGAUUCAGAAAGAACUUCACUGAUGGAUGAAUCAGAUGAGGCCUGCAGCAUCCCUGGCUCCUUCUCCCCUGACAACAGUCAGGAUGGAGCCGGUGGAGACCAGAGUGCUAAUAUUCCCCUCAUGAGAGUGGUACAGUCAGUGAGACACACCACACGCCGCUCCAGUAAAGCUAUCAAGGAAGGCUGGAUGGUGCACUACAGCAACAAGGACACCCUGAGGAAGCGACACUACUGGCGCCUAGACUGCAAAUGCAUCAUCCUUUUCCAUAAUGACACCACCAAUAAAUACUACAAGGAAAUACCUCUUUCUGAAAUUCUUGAAGUAUGCCCAGCGAGUGAUUUCAAUCUGGUGCCCAGUGGUGCCAGCCCACACUGCUUUGAGAUUGUGACUGGUACCAUUCGAUACUUUGUGGGUGAGGAUUCGAACCCCUCCCAAUUACCUAGCAUGACAGUUCCCACCUCAUCAAAUAGUGUAGGACCCAUUAGUGGAGUGGGACAGGAAGUUGCCAGAGCUUGGGAAAACGCCAUACGUCAGGCCCUUAUGCCAGUCAUCUUCCAAGACAAUCCACCAUCUGAAGGCAGCACCCCUCACAGACAGGCAUCAGUCAGUAUUUCAGUGUCCAACAGUCAGAUUCAGGAGAAUGUGGAUAUUGGCAUGAUUUAUCAGAUUUUCGCUGAUGAGGUUCUGGGUUCUGGCCAGUUUGGAGUGGUGUAUGGUGGAAAGCACAGAAAAUCUGGAAGAGAUGUGGCUAUCAAGGUAAUCGACAAGCUUCGCUUUCCAACUAAACAGGAGAGCCAAUUGAGGAACGAGGUGGCCAUACUCCAGAGUCUGCGUCAUCUGGGCAUAGUGAAUCUGGAGUGUAUGUUUGAAACUCCUGAAAAAGUGUUUGUUGUUAUGGAGAAGCUUCAUGGAGACAUGCUAGAGAUGAUCCUCUCAAGUGAGAAUGGACGGCUACCUGAGAGGCUCACAAAGUUUCUGAUCACACAGAUCUUGGCUGCCCUAAGGCACCUCCACUUCAAGAAUAUUGUGCAUUGUGACUUGAAACCUGAGAAUGUGCUGCUGUCUUCAGCUGAUCCAUUCCCACAGGUGAAGCUGUGUGAUUUUGGUUUUGCGCGGAUCAUUGGGGAGAAGUCUUUUAGGCGCUCUGUGGUGGGAACACCUGCUUACUUGGCUCCAGAGGUGCUGCUGAACCAGGGGUACAACCGUUCUCUGGAUAUGUGGUCUGUUGGAGUCAUUAUGUAUGUCAGCUUGAGCGGGACCUUUCCCUUUAAUGAGGAUGAAGAUAUCAAUGACCAGAUCCACAAUGCUGCUUUCAUGUACCCACCAAACCCCUGGAGGCAAAUCUCUACAGAAGCUAUUGAUCUCAUCAAUAACCUGCUUCAAGUGAAGUUGAGAAAACGCUAUAGUGUGGACAAGAGCCUGAGUCAUGUCUAUUUACAGGACUAUCAGACAUGGCUGGACCUGCGAGAACUGGAAUCAAAGCUUGGUGAACGUUAUAUAACCCAUGAAAGUGAUGAUGCUCGCUGGCAGAGGUUCGCUCAGGAGCACACACUGCCUUACCCAGCUCACCUGGUACCUGCAUCGACUGCCUAUGAUGACGAGCAGAAGGACAUUGACGAUGCUUGUAUGCAGGGACUGACUGAGCGUGUUAGCAUCCUCUGAGAAAAGUGGAAGAAGCAGCCAAAUGUCAGUUGGAGGGGGCAAUUAGCUAUCUUCAAAGUUGGCUUGAAUAGAUUGGACCUCUUCUUCUCCACUUUUUUUUUUUAUCUAUCAAGUCCCUCUACCUUCUUUGCACUAUGUACAGCUGUAUGCUCCAAAACUGUUGAUGAAGACUCUACAGCUGUAUCUUUUCAGACAGGUAGAGGUUCCUUUAUGCCAAACCUUUCCAUAGUUUACAGAACACAGGGGUAGUGGGAAGACAAAAGCAAACAUAACUGUGUACAGUGCAACCAUAUUACCAUUGUAUCAUAUUCCUUUUAAUGCUUCUUUAGCCCCUGAUUCAGUUCGCAUUGGUGGUAAGUCUAUGUUCUUAGUAUUACAUUAUGCAUUAUGGUUUAGUGGAUUUGAGUUGAUCAGUUUUUCACUGAGGUCAUAUAGUUUGUCAAUAGACAUAGACAUUGACAUUGUACAUAUUCCAUACAAUAAAGAACAUACUUGUCAGACAAUAGCAUGCUUGUUCGUAUUUUCCAUCUAGGAGUUAUUCUUAAUACAUUUUUGAUUUUGCCUCACCGAAUAUUCCAUUAGUGGGAAAAGCACAAAUAAAUACUGUAGAUUACAGUGAGAAUUUAAAUGUACUGUGACCGAAGAGUACAAUUUAAAUAAUCCAAAAUCAUAUGGAUCAAUAUAUGGACUGUUCUUUAAAACAAUGAUUUAGGUGUGUCCUGCUUCAUUGACCUUCUAUAUUAAAUUCACAAAUAAAGUUACACUUAUGAUAAAAUACAAGCAUCAAACAUCCUAGUUUGCCAUAAACCUCUAUAUCCAUGAUUUUGAUGAGCGUAUUUGUGGCAUGCCAGACAUGCAACUAUAUUUAAUUGAAACGCUGUAACAAAAAUCCUGACUAAACAAAUAGGUUAACAGCAAGCUGGGGGUUAGGAAUCUCUGCCUGGUUCCUUUUGAUAAAGAACCUCACCUUUUGAUUGAAGUAGAUGUGGUGGAUAGAGGGCCAGUCGGUCUCAAGUGGUCCAAUAAUUGUAAAGUUGGUUGCUUGACUGUUUUUAAAAAAUUUUUUAUUAUUAUUUUGAGUGGUUAAGCUCUAGGUAUUGGCAUUGGAAAACCACAAUUUAAAAAAAAAAAUUAAAAAAACUUUUUACUUGGCAUCUUUGUGUCAUGGCACACAACAAAUUGUCGUUAUACAGCUGUUUAUGGAAAUCUCAAUAUCUCGGCCAAAAGUAUGUCAUAACACCUUACUCUCUCACCCACAUUUGGGCCAUCCCCAAAAUGUAGUCAUAAAGUUGGUAAGUGUGAAGAAUGUCUGUGUAUGCUAUAGAAUUAACAUUUUCCUUCACUGGAACGAAGGGGCCCAAACCUGUUCUCUCAUGACAAUGACCCUGUGCACAAAAUGAAGUGCAUAAAGACAUAAUUCCUCACAGCCAUAUUCCAAAAUUGUCUUCCCAGAAGAGUGGAGACCGUUAUAGCAGCAAAGGGGGACCUA